GUGCCGGGGCGGCUCGGGCAGCCAUGGCGGCGGCCCCGCUGGCGGCUCCGGGAGGAGGCGGGGCGGCGGCGGCGGCGGCGGCGCAGGGGGGGGGCGGCAGCCGGGGCGGCAGCCGGGGCGGCCGCGGGCCGGCGCUGCGGGAGGGAGCGCGGGUGUCGGCGCUGUGCCUGGCGUGGUACGGGCUGAGCGCCGGCGGGAACGUGGUCAACAAGCUGCUGCUCGGCGGCUUCCCCCGGCCCGUCACCGUGUCGCUGUUCCACAUCCUGGGGCUGUGCGGGCUCCUCCCGCCGCUGCUGCGCGCCUGGCGGGUACCGCCGGCCGGGCCGGCCCAGCUGCCGCCCCGCGCCUACCCCCGCUACAUCCUGCCGCUCGCCUUCGGCAAAUACUUCGCGUCCGUCUCCGCGCACGUCUCGCUCUGGAGGGUCCCGGUCUCGUACGCGCACACGGUAAAAGCCACGAUGCCAAUUUGGGUGGUUCUUCUUUCGCGGAUCAUUAUGAAGGAAAAGCAGACGACGAAGGUGUAUUUAUCUCUUAUUCCCAUAAUAACCGGAGUCCUGUUGGCCACCGUCACUGAGCUUUCCUUUGACAUGUGGGGACUCAUCAGUGCUCUUGCUGCUACUCUGUGUUUUUCACUUCAGAACAUCUUCUCAAAGAAGGUGUUACGGGAUUCCCGAAUACAUCACCUUCGGUUGCUGAACAUACUGGGGUGCCAUGCUGUGUUCUUCAUGAUCCCAACGUGGGUUUUGGUUGAUCUUUCUUCCUUCCUAGUAGAGAAUGACUUGAGCACGAUGUCUCACUGGCCCUGGACUUUGAUGCUGCUUAUAAUCAGUGGGUUCUGUAAUUUUGCCCAGAACGUCAUUGCCUUCAGUAUCCUUAACCUGAUCAGCCCGUUGAGUUACUCUGUCGCGAAUGCCACCAAAAGGAUAAUGGUGAUCACUGUGUCCCUUAUAAUGCUUCGCAAUCCAGUUACCAGCACCAACGUCCUUGGGAUGAUGACAGCUAUCUUAGGGGUCUUCUUAUAUAACAAGACAAAAUAUGAUGCAAACCAAGAAGCAAAGAAGCAGCUCCUUCCAGUCACAACUGGAGACCUUGUGAACUUGGACCGGCAUCGGAACACUCCUGAGAAGUCUCAGAAUGGACUGACGGCGUUUGCACCACAUGGAGACUAUCAGUAUGGCCGAAGCAACGUCCUCACAGAGCACUACCAGUACAACCGACAGAACUACCCACCCACCUACAACUUAAAUCGUUUUGAUAUAUAGAAUCCUGACACACAGGUAUAGACUGCGAGAUUCAAGUGUCCCCAGCAUUAUCAGAAACUUUUAGUACAUCCGUGAAUGUAAAGCCAUUUUAUUGUCAAGUUUUG